GCCCUUUCAACCGAAUCACCUCGUCUCAUCCGUCCCAUAAAGCAAAGACAUAUGACAACAUGUGUGUGAGUUGCUUGCAUAUACGCGUCGUUCCUUGCGCAUUUUCGAAAACUUCUGGUGCCACCCUUUGAAUCUGUGCUUAGCAUUGUUCUUGCAUGCAGAUGGUCCAGCGGAAACUCGUGGAACCCACGCGACUCAGCUGUUUUGCCGAUUCUGGAAAUCCUGGACCACUUGUCUUGGCUAUACACGAACUACCCUGAAGAGACUGCUCACUUUCACAAGGCAGUAGCAAGCUGUCAAGAUGGCGGCCGAAAUCGCGAGACCCGCGCUGUCCAAGCGCCGCCGUUUGUCAAGCUCUGCUGAUAUGCAACAAGCCAUUGCUCAGCCGGGCAGUAUCAAGAUCAACGUUACCGGAGCUUCGAUCAUAGAUCACGAAGAAGAGGACUCUUCACCCGAGAGGUCUCCCACAAGCAGCCAGGCAGACCACUCCGAGAUCGACGGCGAACAUUCUUAUCAGCAUCACAAGCGUGACAUACGGCUUCCGAACCACACAGCAGUUGUUUCGCACGUGGCAGCAGACAUUGGUGGUAGCUUGGCCAAAGUUGUCUACUUCACGCGCGAGAAUGAGCAUGAGUCCACUUCUGGUGGCCGACUGUCCUUUCUCUCUUUCGAAACGGAGAAGAUCGACGACUGUAUCGAUUAUCUACGCACUCUACAAGUGAAGCAUCAGCGAGCCAAUGGACUGGAUCAGUCCACCAAGUUAAGCAUCAUGGCCACAGGCGGUGGAGCGUUCAAAUUCUAUGACAAGAUUCGAUCAACGCUAGGCGUGGAAGUGGAGCGGGAAGACGAGAUGGAAUGCCUGAUCAAAGGACUGGAUUUCUUCAUCACGCAAAUACCAAACGAGGUUUUCACAUUUGAUGAUAACAACGAGGAUGGACCUAUGCAGUUCCAAGACCCAAAGGCGGACGUAUACCCUUAUCUGCUCGUGAAUAUCGGAAGUGGAGUGAGCAUGAUUAAGGUCUCUGGGCCGUCAGAGUAUCAGCGUAUCGGCGGCACAUCACUGGGCGGUGGUACUCUGUGGGGGCUCUUAUCUCUUCUGACAGGCGCGAGAAAUUUUGACGACAUGCUGGACAUGGCAGACAAGGGCGACAAUGGAGCUGUGGAUCUGCUCGUCGGUGAUAUAUAUGGUGAAGGGAUGGGCUACGAGAAAAUCGGGCUCAGCGAAAAGACGAUUGCAAGCAGUUUCGGCAAAGUGCUGAAGAGGAAGCGAGAAGCAGAAAGGCUGGCAGAGGACGGGAAUGGAUGCAGCAACGAGAAGCUGACUAGACCGAAGCUUUCGAAAACAGCAAAUGGUGUUUCAGAUGACAACGUCGGGAGUGGCCUGGUUGGUGAUGGCAGGAUGUUCAAGCCCGAAGAUAUCUCGAGAAGUCUUCUAUAUGCCAUUAGUAACAACAUCGGCCAGAUCGCCUUUUUGCAGUCAGAACGACACGACUUGAAGCGAAUAUACUUUGGCGGCUCUUUCAUCAGAGGACAUCAGCAAACCAUCCACACGUUGUCCUUUGCCAUUAAUUUCUGGAGUAAAGGCACGAAACAGGCAUAUUUUCUCAGGCACGAAGGAUAUCUUGGCGCUGUAGGAGCCUUCGUCAAGAGGAAGCCCGCGAACUGGGGACGCAGUAGAAGUGUAGAGCCAAAUGGGGUAUAGAACUUACAAAACCUCUCACGGCGUCGCCUG